AUGACAGCUGACAAUGAUGUGAAGAUCUUUCAGUCUAAGAAGGAAAAAAUUAUUCGGUCAACCUAUGAAACUGUCAAUGACACAGAAAUUGUGGCAAUAGCCAAAACUGCGUUCACAAAUUUGGCAACAAGUCCACAAAAUCUUGUAUGCAACAAGAUUCUCUUGACGUCAAAUGCCAAUUCUUAUAUUUUGCUCUAUCGAUUGUGUACAGAGACCAAAAUCGAUUGGAUUUUUGUUUUGGCAGUUCCUCAAUGGACAUAUAUUUCCUCAACACUCAUUGCAGUUUUAGUCGCAGUUUCUGGCUCACUUCUGAUUGUCACAGUAGGAAUUAUUUUUGGAAUUCUCUUUUCAGUUCGAAUUGUACAACCUUUCCAUCAAUUAAUUGAAUCUUUUGAAAGCGUAGGUCAAAUGGACUUAGACAGUUUGUUCAUCCAAAAGAGUUCCUUUUCUGAAGUUAGAGAAUUACAAAAACAAUUUCAAUUCAUGGUGAAUCGAAUGAAACUCUACAAAAGUUUCAUUCCAUCUCAUUUGUUGUCAGAGAUUGAAAAUGGAGGAGAACAUGAUGUAAAAGAUGACGCAGGUUAUCAUUUGGUCAAUGUUGCUGCAAGCUCUUCUUCUCAACGAACGAAAGGUUCUUGUGAAAGUUUUUCGAAAAAAUCCUCAAAUUGUUCCACACAAAAUAUGGGAUCUGCAUCAUUACGUAGAAAAUAUGUCCAAAAAGAUAACAAAUUUCAAUUGUAUCUUGAGAAGAGAAGGAUCACGUUGGUUGAGAUAUUAUUGGAAGGAUUGAAUGAUUGGUUGAGUAUUCUCACUCCUAACGAAACAGUAAUGCUGUUAAGUGACAUUUUUGAGCAAGUGAAUAGUAUUUGUAGAUCAAGUGGCAGUUCUCAAAUUUCAUCUCUCGAAAACGAUUCCCUCAUCAUUGCAUUCAAUGCCACUCGAAAUCAAAACAAACAUGAAGAAAAAGCAGCACAUUUCUGUCAAGUCCUUAAUGAAAAGUUAUUGGGUGUUAAAUACAUGAAAUGGAAGAGAAUCAUGUCUCAUUCUAAUCUAGUCAACGAAACCAGCAGUAAUAGCCUUCAAAGUUCCAAGAAAUUCCAACCUCUUAAUAUUUGUGACUUGAUGCGUUUCAGAUUUGCCAUUACCACUUGUGACAGCUUUUGUGGAAAUGUUGGAAGUCAGGAAAUGAAGCAAUUUAGUGUUCUCAGUAGUGGAAAAUAUAAUUUAUCCACCAUGAUGGAGGUUGCAAAGAAGCUUAAUGUGAAUAUAGUCUGUUCAGAAUCUGUGAAGAGAGUGUGUGAAAAGUCAUUUUGCAUGCGUUAUGUGGAUACUCAGAAUUUAACAGAUGACUCAUACGUGGCAAGUUAUGGAAAUAUUGGCGAGGAUCUUUCCAAACUCAUUCCACAAACAGCAACUCACAUCUACCAGCUGGGUCAAGUAUUACAAGUCAAUCAAGACGAGUGGAUGUAUGAAUUAUUUGAAAAAGAAAAGAUGAACGAAUGGAAUACUUACAAUCAAGCUUGUCAAUUGUACUUUGAGAGAAAUUACGCACAGGCUUUAGAGAUGUUCCAAGAAUUCUCUGCAAAAAAUUCACAGGAUAAGCCAACGGAGCAAAUGAUUCAAAGAUGUACAUUGUCUCUGUAA